UAUGCCCCUCCCCCUAUCCACAUCUUUUUUUUUCUCCUCCCCCUCCUCCUCUCCCCGCUCUCCUCUCACCCCCUUGGGAUCUGCGCCCUCGCGAUCUUCGGAGGAGGCGCUCGUACUCGGCCUCGGAUCCCGGAGAUAUCGAGGCGCUUGCGGAUCUUAAACAGUAGGAUCGACUGAGGAGAUGGAGGGGGGAGGGAUGAGGAAGGUGUCGUCUCACACGUCCAUGGCGGACGCCGCCGCCGCCGCCGACUUCGACCUGUCGCAGCUCCUCGACAAGCCGAGGCUCAAGAUCGAGCGGCAGAGGUCGUUCGACGAUCGGUCGAUGAGCGAGUUCUCGCUCUCCGGGAAUGUCAGGGGAAUCGACGGCUACGAUAGCGUGUUUUCGCCCGGUGGGAUGCGGUCGGUGUUGGACACGCCGCUGUCGUCGGCUCGGAACUCGUUCGAGCCCCAUCCGAUGGUGGCGGAGGCGUGGGAGGCGCUCCGCAGGUCGUUGGUUUACUUCCGGGGACAACCCGUGGGGACGAUCGCAGCUUACGAUCACGCCUCUGAGGAGGUGCUCAAUUAUGAUCAGGUGUUUGUGCGGGAUUUUGUACCUAGUGCAUUGGCUUUCCUAAUGAACGGUGAAACCGACAUAGUAAAGAACUUUCUGCUAAGAACUGUCCAGAUCCAAAGCUGGGAGAAAAGAAUAGACCGUUUCAAGCUCGGGGAAGGAGCCAUGCCUGCGAGCUUCAAGGUGCUCCAUGACCCUGCUAGGGGAGUCGAUACCAUAGUUGCCGAUUUUGGCGAGAGUGCAAUUGGAAGGGUCGCACCAGUUGACUCCGGUUUCUGGUGGAUUAUCCUCCUUCGUGCCUAUACAAAAUCUACAGGGGAUUUGUCAUUGGCAGAGAGACCUGAUUGCCAGAAGUGUAUGAAGCUUAUAUUGACAUUAUGUCUGUCGGAGGGCUUUGACACAUUCCCUACCUUGCUCUGUGCUGAUGGUUGCUCAAUGAUAGACCGUAGAAUGGGUAUCUAUGGCUAUCCUAUCGAAAUCCAAGCCCUCUUCUUUAUGGCACUAAGAUGUGCUCUUACAAUGCUUAAGCACGACUCCGAGGGGAAGGACUGCAUAGAGAGAAUAGUGCAACGCUUGCACGCCUUAAGUUAUCAUAUGAGGAGCUACUUUUGGCUCGACUUCCAGCAGCUAAAUGUCAUUUACCGAUACAAAACAGAAGAAUAUUCCCACACAGCUGUCAACAAAUUCAAUGUUAUUCCCGAUUCUAUCCCUGAUUGGGUAUUUGAUUUUAUGCCCUCACGUGGCGGAUACUUCAUUGGGAACGUCAGUCCGGCGAGGAUGGACUUUAGGUGGUUUGCGCUUGGUAAUUUCGUCGCAAUACUGUCAUCUCUGGCAACGCCAGAGCAAUCUAUGGCCAUAAUGGAUCUAAUCGAAGAGCGGUGGGAGGAGCUAGUUGGUGAAAUGCCUUUAAAGAUUUGUCAUCCUGCUAUUGAGAGCCAUGAAUGGCGCAUUGUCACGGGUUGUGAUCCAAAAAACACCAGGUGGAGUUAUCAUAAUGGAGGAUCUUGGCCAGUCCUUCUCUGGCUACUCACCGCGGCUUGCAUCAAGACGGGUCGACCCCAAAUCGCAAGGCGAGCGAUUGACCUAGCGGAGAGCCGGCUGUUAAAGGACGGCUGGCCCGAGUACUACGACGGAAAGCUCGGACGGUACAUCGGCAAACAAGCUAGGAAGUUCCAAACAUGGUCUAUCGCGGGCUACUUAGUAGCUAAAAUGAUGUUAGAGGACCCCUCGAAUCUGGGUAUGGUCUCUCUUGAGGAGGAUAAGGCGAUGAAGCCCAUGUUGAGAAGGUCCGCUUCGUGGACUUGCUGAGGAGAGAGGCAUCAGACAAGUUCUUUUGUAGAACUCCUAUCCCACCAUCCUUUCGGAACUAGAAAGGUGCUCAGCUUUGCUCCCGCCCUGUAGGAAUGUGUUGUUUGUACAUUAUUGCAUGUUGUAUCUGUAGGAAAUCGCACGGAAAAAUAAGUUUAAUAUCGAAGAAUAGAGGAUCAGGAUCUAUCCAGGUUCUAAUUGUAACAGGAAACUCUCAUUUACGUAAUUUAUAGCAAUCUUUUAUGUUUGGUUCAA